GCACGACGCAGUACGACACUUUCUCCCCAGCUGCCCCAAGUGCUGGCACGACGCAGUACGACACUUCCUCCCCAGCUGCCCCAAGUGCUGGCACGACGCAGUACGACACUUCCUCCCCAGCUGCCCCAAGUGCUGGCACGACGCAGUACGACACUUCCUCCCCAGCUGCCCCAAGUGCUGGCACGACGCAGUACGACACUUUCUCCCCAGCUGCCCCAAGUGCUGGCACGACGCAGUACGACAAACUGUACGACAAUACUGCGCGCAAGAACGAUACAACUGUUGACAUAUUUCAAGAUGCCAGGAAUUACGACACAAUAGACCGUUAUCAACACUAUGCCACAAAACCUGACAAUACCAACUGGCCAAGUGAGAGAGGGAGAGGUGAACGAACGUCAGGUAGUCCAUCAAGCCAUCAUGAUAAACUCGACACAAUAAUGAGUACCCAUAAACACCUCACACAGCCCAGCUCGUCCCUGAUGCCAAAGCUGGUGAUGCCAACUGACAUGACCUCCGUAGACAUCCAAGUGGCCCCUGACCUGGGUGGGCGGACAUACGAGGUUCCCGCCACGCCCCCCAACACAGCCACCAUCCCCCUGUCACCUCGCUCACCUCACAUCACCUCGCGCUUGGCGGAGGUGGAGGCCAGGAUGAGAUUGUUGGGGGCGCAGACGGAGAGGGACACCUCGCAGGAUUGGUGGCCCUCAGACACGUCUUCCACUUCCAUCGUCGGGGGGGAGCAGGAGGGCCCGCGGGGAGGGAGGAGAGGGAGGAACCCGUUUUUAGUGAGUGUGGGGGAGAGGGAAGACUCGGUCGGUCUCAGUAGUGUAGACGAGGAGGAAGUGUUCUUACUCCACGACGAGGAUGACGACCACAGAACACACGUCCCACGAGUCUCCCGCCGCGAGUUGAGUACCUCAGACGAGGAGAAAACGACUGCAGGUGUAGUGACCGCGGAAUCCGAGGAAGACGCUAGUGCGAGGAGAGUGCGUGAGUACAUUGCCUCACUGAGUGCUCGGCUGCGACAGAUCCCAGACCAAGAGGAGUCCACGCGAGGUUCCCCGGACUAUAUGGAGACUCCUCCCACCUCGGCCACAUACCCCGCCACGCCCCCUAACUCGGCGGGUAAAGUCUCCCACGAUUCUUCGGAGACGCCUCCAAGUUCGGCGGGGUCCUACACCCACUACGGGGGCGGCCGGCCACCCUCCACCAGCACCCCGCCCAACUCGGCCACUCUCAGGAACUUGUACAGCAGCCGGCGAGCCUCGGCGGACGUGUCGCCCGCCUCCCCGGGGGUGUUUAGCCUCAGCAUCAACAGGAGACUCUCCCUCGACACCCCGCCCAGUUCGGCCGGGCUGGUCACUGCCACGCCCCCAAACUCGGCCACCUCCCACCUUACCUUCGGGGACACACCCCCUAGCUCAGCUGGGUACUCCAACACCCCACCCAACUCUGCUGGGCUAACGGGGAGCUUUGAAGCGGGGCUGGUGGGCCCCGGGGUGGGGCUGGUGGGAGCCGGGGCGGGGCAGACACUCAAGAGAGCCAUGUCGUGCGACUCUGUGAGCUCCGACACCUCCGUCACCCUGGGGGAGCUGGAGGACACCUGCGGCCAGGUAACGGGACACCUGGCCGUCCAACUCAUCUACGACAGCGAUACGGCUGAUCUGGAGGUGGUGGUGGUGGAGGGCCGUGACCUGGUAGGACCUGACCCCCACGUCGCCGUCGAUAGCUACGUCAGGGUGUUUCUCCUGCCUGACAAGUCGACCAAUAUGCAAACUAGGGUGUGUCGACGUACCAACAACCCCACCUACCGCGAGAGAUUCCUGUUCGCCCUGGAGGAGGAGGAGGUACCACAUAGAUCCCUCGCCUUCUACAUGUACGCCUCCGACAAGUUCACCAACACGCUGAUAGGAGAAGCUCAUCUUCGUCUGUCGGAUUUCGAGCUGUCGGGUCCUUGUUCUACUGUACUACCCCUCACUGAUAUGGGCCAGAAGGGCGUGGGGUACGGAGAGAUCAUGUUCUCUCUCUCCUACCUGCCCACGGCUGAGAGACUGACGGUGGUGGUGGUGAAGGCGAGGAGUCUCCAGUGGUUGGGGGACAAGACUACAGGCGACCCAUUCGUCAAGGUGUACGUGCUUCAGAACGGUAAAAAGGUGAUGAAGAAAAAGACGAGUGUGAAGAAGGACAGUCGGUCACCUGUGUUCAACGAGGCGAUGAUCUUCAGUGUGCCGGCCCCAGCCCUCCAUAACAUCCAGCUCCGGGUCACCGUGGCGGAGCACAGCAGCGAUGGUGGUCAGGCCAGAUCAGUGGGUCAUGUGAUCGUGGGAACACAGGCUACAGGCAAGGCCCUCUCUCAUUGGAACCAGAUGAUGUCAGCGUUGAGGAAGCCGAUAGGAAUGUGGCACCCACUGAGGCGGUAAUACACAAGGGAGAUGGGGGUGCCAACAGUGCCAUCUUAAACGUAUGCAAGGAUCAGUAAUGUGAGAAUUUAUUUGACUCACUUAAGUUUCGAUACAAAGAGGGAGUCUCUAAGGUUCCUACGUUAACUUCUCAUAGCUAGUGAUGUGAGAACGUAUCUAACUUCUUCACUUAAGCUACGACACAAAGGUGCCUACUUUAAAUUUUCCUCCUAACUGGUGAUCUGAGAACAUAUCUAACUGACUUACUUAAGCUACAACACAAAGAUGGAUUCUCAAUGGUUCCUACGUUAAAUUUUCCUCCUAACUGGUGUUGUGAGAUCGUAUCUAACUCACUCACUUAAGCUACAACAUAAAAAACUUCACUAAAUUACUUAAAAUCGCCCUACGAAUCAUUGAGACAUCCGACCCAGUACCUCCAUGUAGUCACCUCCAGAAUAUAUUGUAGUAAUCCGUCGGUCAUGGCUGCUUACGACAUAUUGUCAGGAGUUUGAGUCAUCAUUUCUGUGUCGAGGUUAUAGGUAAGACUCAUUCUCUUCCAGUUAGAUUCCUCCUCUCAGCUUCCAGUCAGAACCAACGAGAAUUCUGGUUCAAGUUAUUCGUCUAGGCUCGAGGAGUCUAGGGUGACCUGCCCGGGAAGGUCAUCUGGGUGUGAGGUGUGUUGAUGACCUGCCAGGGAAGGUCAUCUGGGUGUGAGGUGUGUUGAUGAUCUGCCAGGGAAGGUCAUCUGGGUGUGAGGUGUGUUGAUGACCUGCCAGGGAAGGUCAUCUGGGUGUGAGGUGUGUUGAUGACCUGCCAGGGAAGGUCAUCUGGGUGUGAGGUGUGUUGAUGACCUGCCAGGGAAGAUCAUCUGGGUGUGAGGUGUGUUGAUGACCUGCCAGGGAAGAUCAUCUGGGUGUGAGGUGUGUUGAUGACCUGCCAGGGAAGGUUAUGUCAUCAAAGAGACUCAAUAUGGCCGUCGUCAACACUGAAGACGACUGAAGACCAAGAGGUGGUGAAAUAACGAUGGUUGUAGAACUAAGUCUCACAACACCUACAGGAUAAAAGUGAUUAUUAGAAACAUGUUGUGAUGGUGAUUAGUAGCGUAAAGAUGCGCUUCUAUGAGCUCUUCCAAUCGGUGAUGGUGAUGUUCAUAUUCUAUAAAGUGAACAGGAAGAACAAUUCAAAAGGUGACUGUGCAGUGAUUCCAUAUAUUGAACAUGAAAAAAACAUUCAAAAGAUGACUGUGAACAUAUCAUUGAGGUGAGGAGAUAAGGAGGAGGACGAUAUAAUCCAAACAUGACUCAAGAACUACACAUCCUAACUCAAUGGCCACCCUUACCCCUCAUACACGUUAAGGUCUCUGGUACACACACACCUCUCAAUAGGCACUUACCAUACAGCACAAAAAUCAAAAAGCACAGGAAGUUAUCUCUUAAUGAAACAAUGUGACUUUAUAAACACAUAAUGAACUACAGAUGUUAAUAGAUGUUGAGGCAAUGUCUUAGUGGUUAUUGAGAAUUAGUUGUCGUUGCGGGAUGACUAAAGGAAGUUCUGUGAGGUGAAUGUUAACAAAGAUGACGUCACGUGUGCGGAUUGGUGGCAGUGGGGAGAUAGUGACAUUGUUGUGAUUGGGUGAACACUCGUCAUGGUGCUUCCUGACUGAGUGUAAAGAUGAUGAAGUGAUAGUGAUGUCGUGAUUAGAAUGAUGAUAAGGGUGAGUGGUAGUGGUGAUAACCGUGGUGACAAUAUUUGGUGAUAGUGAUGCGAUGUGAUGUUCAAAGGUGGUGACUAAUGAAUGUAUGGAACGGUGUACGGAAGGAAUAUGUGAUGACAGUGAUGAUAAUAAUAACAGGCCUUGUAGUGCAGUUACGUGUGAUGAACCAAAAUACUCGCGUGAGAUUUAAAAUACGGAUGACCACAAUGAUGAUGAUAAUACUAGAGAAGGUUUAAAUUGAUGAUAAUUAGGAAGAUUGUCUGUACAGGGCCGUAGAUCAAACUCUCACAGAUAACUCGAUACACCGAGGGGUCCCGCAAGGUCUCUAUCCCACACCGUUUGUAUACAUAACCGAGCUACAUAAUAUAUAUAUACGUAUUUAUUUAUUUAUAUAUAUAAACUACUACUGUAUAGGAUAAGAACUCGUCAGACAUAAUAUAUUCAGCACGCACAGUUCCCAUAAUGCACCGGAAUCGUCUGUGUUCAUAUCAGCUGUGUCUGUCUGUCUGUCUGUUUAUACACACACACACACACACACACACACACACACACACACACACACACACACGCAAAUGUAUCUAUUCACUUUGACAUUUGUGCCUAUGGUUAUGUGUGUGUGUGUGUGUGUGUGUGUGUGUGUGUGUGUAAAACAAUAGCCGUACAUACGCACUUAAUUCCAUGUAUGUGUACAUUAUAUACAUAUAACGAGAGCAGGUGUGUGGCUCAAACAGGUGUAUGGUUCUAACGUCUAUCUGGUUCUAACGUCUAUCUGGUUCUAACGUCUAUCUGGUUCUAACGUCUGUAUGGUUCUAACGUCUGUAUGGUUCUAAACGUCAGUAUGGUUCUAAACGUCAGUAUGGUUCUAACGUCCGUAUGGUUCCAACGUCUGUAUGGUUCCAACGUCUGUAUGGUUCUAACGUCCGUAUGGUUCCAACGUCUGUAUGGUUCUAACGUCAGUACGGUUCUAAACGUCAGUAUGGUUCUAAACGUCCGUAUGGUUCUAACAGAUAUAUAUGUCGCACAAACUAAGGAAUCGUAUUAUUUCUAGGAACCCCCCAGAACUGCUGACAAUGAGACGACCACCACCACAAGGUCCUAUGACUGCCAUGACUAGUUUAAGCAGUGGUAAGAGGGUGGAGGAGGGAUCUUAUCUUAGGGCAGGGAGAGAAUACAGUGGUAAGAGGGUGGAGGAGGGGUCUUAUCUUAGGGCAGGGAAUGAAGAGUGUGGAAGGUUUUAAGACCCUCCCCCCCUCCCCCCUCCCCUCGUAGUUUAGAUGACAGUAGAGUUAAUGUGAGAGGUUCUGGGAACUUCCAUGGCUACAGAUGUUUACAGGAGUCAGGGAAGCAGAGUUUUAGGGUACACAACACCUACACAGUACGUCUACAUGUCUGUUUCUCUGUGACAGUCAUGGAUGUGGGUGCGGAGAGAGAGAGAGAGAGAGAGAGAGAGAGAGAGAGAGAGAGACAGAGAGAGAGCCGCGCCAACCUUCAUGUUUGUCAAAGAACGACGUUUAAGUUAUGUCAAUAGUGACUCUUUGUCCUGAUAUGAAAUAGGUAAAAAGUAAGCAGACAGAAAUACACUCACCGUUAAAACUCCUGUAUUGCCUUAGCGAGAACACGUGUGAGUUCUCAUAUACAUACAUACAUACUGAAGCCAAACUCUUCCAUAGUGAUUGUGAUAACCAACAUAGUCAAGAGUUCAGGUCUAGUGUGGGGUUCCUUAUAGACGUCAGACUCUUUCGUGGAUUCUUUUUACCACAGACAGAAGAGCAUCGGUGUAAAUAAAUCAAAAUGUAUCAUAAAGGAUCGUGUGUAGCAUCAGGUAUACCGUGUGUUAGGAUCAAAAGCAUUAGGUUCUUAUAUAUUAUCGUUUUGAUACGGAAACAUUAUUGGAACAUGUGAGGAAAAAAGAUAGUUAUAUAACCUAACCUCUUCUAAAAUAAAUACUAAACAAUAAUUCUUUGAUAUUGUUAAAGCUAGAGACGUCAUUAUAUAUAUAUUUUGUGUAUGUGUGUAUCAUUGUCUGUCUCACACUAACAAAUAAUAUUGCUUGGCGUUCAGUAUGACAACAGGGUCACUUUUUACUAAACUCUUAAUUGUCCCGGUAAAGACUCACUAAGGCUCCUGGGCUAAAUAUUCCUCAUAACUAAAGAUUUAACACUUGAUCAUACUGGUUAGCGAAGAUAAAAUACUAAAACAGCAUUAAAAUUAACACUGAGACUCUACCCUAACUAGAAACGUUCACUUAGCGCCAGUUAGGAGAAUAUUUUAUACGUAAAUUAACUUUGUCUUCUAACUGAUGAACGUAUCUAGUUAAGGUAAAGUCUCAGUGUUAAUUCUAAUGUUAUUUGUAUGUCUUAUCGUUAGUUAACCAAUAAGAUACAGUGUUACGUGUUUACUUACGACGAAGGAUUCAUCUUACGAACCUCGGUGACUCGUGAUACUAAAAUAAUGUUCCUUAGUCAUUAGUCUUUGGUAGAAUUAGAUUAUUAUAACUAUUUCCAACUUGGACAAUCGACCGCGAGAUCCCACCGUCGCUAACACUGAACUUCUUGAGUCACCUGAUGAUUAGCCCCUCCUAGCAUUUCUCAUCUGAUGGUUAAUUAACACUAAUCAUACCUGGUGGGGGUUAGGUCAGGUCAGGUCAGGUCAGGUCAGGUCAGGUCAGGUCAAUCUCAAGGUGACAUCAGCUGGUGUGCUUAAUCUCCAGGUGAUUCAACUUCUAAAUAAGAACCUUGUUUUAUAAGAAAAUUUUUAUUACCAUUAACUAAUUUGUAUAAAAAAAAUACAAAAAGAAAUACAUAUGAAAAAUAUUACAUAAAAUUCUAUCAACAUCUUUAAUAAAAAAAAAACUUGAAUAUUGUAAGUUUUAAGUUACUAAUGGUCCACAGUGUGUGAUCAUGAUAAUAUAUAGUGACGCCAUGACAUCCCCCCCCACUGUGGCACCAUAACACCCCACACACUCCCACUGUGGCACCAUAACACCCCACACACCUCCCCCCCACUG